UGCCCCGCCCCAGCUGGGCUUUUCUCUCCUUUCCUGUUCAGACGGUUCUAAUUUCGCGGGCUGUCCCUGCGUCUGCCUCCCUUUCCCGAGACCCCGGAGCUGAGGCCCGAAACCAGGGCGCAGAGCGGCACGGCUCCCUGGCCCGGGGUAUGGCGGCCCCCGAGGCGGCGCCUGCUCAGGCAGAGGGCGCGGAGCCGGCGCCCUGGGCGCUGCUGGAGGCCCCCUCCCGCCUCCUAUUGCAGGCGCUGCAGGCGGGGCCCGACGGGGCGCGGCGCGGUCUGGGGGUGCUGCGGACGCUGGGCGGCCGCGGCAGGGACCCCUUCUGCUGGGGCGGCUUGCUCGAGGCGCUCUGCCGGGAGGAGCCCGUCGUGGAGGGCCCGGACUGUCGCCUGGAGCUGAAACCACUGCUGCUGCGAUUGCCCCCCUUAUGCCGGAGGAACCUCAUGUCCUUGCUGAUGGCAGUUUGGCCUUCGCUGCCCAAACACAGUCUCCUCUCUGUGCUGCAGACUGCAGGGCAGGAUCCGAGCCCUGACCCUGAUCCCUGGCUCCAGGUCCUCAGGGAAUUUCUACGAAGGGACCUGGGCGUUGGAGCCUCCUUGGAGGGAGCGUCCCCACUGUCUAAAAGGUGCCAGAAGCAACUCCGAGGUCUGUGUAGGCAGCUGGGCCAAGGGGGCAGGAAGGUGAAGUUGCUCCGAGCUUCAGAUCCCGAAGAGGAAGAGAAGGAGGAGGCCAAGGACUCCCAGUGGCCUGGAAAACGCAGAAAGGAGCCGGAGGAGGAGCCUGCCCAUCCUGAGGGGGAGAGGGCCCCCAAAAGGUUCCGGUGUUCGGAGGAGGAAGAAGGUCAUGAGGAAAAGAGAUCUGAGCAGGGAUCUUUGGACUCCCUGGCCGAUGGAGGAGGUGCGCUGCCCAUGAAGCACCAGCCUGUGGUGGGGGCUGAGCCCCCUGAGGCUGCUCAGAGUCCAGAGGGAGCUGAAGGCUUGCCUGGGAGUCUGGAGUUGCCCAGAGCUGUCCAGGACCAGGUUCCCAGGCUGCAGCAGCUGCUCAAGACCCUUGGGAAGGGGUUGGAGGGGUUGGAAGGUGUUCCACCCGUUGAGCUGCAGCUUCUCCAUGAAUGCAGCCCCAGCCAGGUGGACCUGCUGUGCGCCCGGCUGCAGCUCCCGCAGCUCUCAGACACAGGUCUCCUGCAGCUCUGCACCUGGCUGCUGGCCCUGUCCCCAGAUCUCAGCCUCGGCAGUGCUACUGUGCUGACCCGGAGCCUCUUCCUCGGACGCAUUCUCUCCCUGACUUCCUCAGCCUCCCGCCUGCUCAUAACUGCCCUGACCUCCUUCUGUGCCAAGUAUAGUUAUGCCGUCUGCACAGCCCUCCUUGGCCCUGUGCUUCAAGCCCCCAAAACAGGUCCAGCUCAAAGAGAGUUACUGUGUUGCCUUAUGAAGGACAAGGCCCUGGAGCCAGACAUGCAGGUUCUAAUGCUGGGACGGCUCCUGGAGCUGCCCUGGAAGGAGGAGACUUUCCUGGUGCUGCAGUCACUCUUGGAGCGGCAGGUGGAGAUACCCUCUGAGAAGUUUAGAGUGUUGAUGGAGAAGCUCUGUAAAGAGGGGCCAGCAGCCACCACGUCCAUCGCCUAUGCCAAGCUCACGCUGACGGUGUUGACCAAGUACCAGGCCCACAUCACUGAGCCCCAGAGGCUAGGCCUGGCCGCAGCCCUAGAGCUCAACACCACUUUCCUGAGGAAGUCCCUGCUGGCCGCCCUGAGGCAUCUGGCCCCCUGACGGUCCACCAGAGACCACCCUCCUGGGGCUCCUGAAGGACACUUCUGCCCUCAGCACCUCAUCCUGACCCCUUGCCUGGCCAGCCCAGGGAUCAGCUGCCUCCCUGCUCCCGGCUGCAGAGCGGCUGCCUGGGUCUCCCAGCCAACAGGACGGGGCUGGGGCUGGCUGAGCUGUAUUACCAAGGGCUGCCGACCCUGGGCUCCCUCCCCAUCACUUCUACCUCAGGCUGUGGGACAGAAACUUUUAAGACAGGCCUCAAUAGGGAAGUUCCCUUGUGGCGCAUGGGGUUAAGGAUCCAGUGCUGCUGCAGCUGUAGCACAGGCUGUAACUGUGGCGCAGGUUCAGUCCCUGGCUCAGGAACUUCCGCAUGCUGCAGGCAUGGCCAAAAGGGGGGGCAGGCAUAGGCCUUAGGUCUCAGUAGGGUCAAAGCAGACCCAGAGUGGAUGGAUGAUGCACCAGGAGCCCUGGGGGACCUGUGUGCUCAGCACAAAUCUCUUGUGCCCAAGUGUAUGUUAUGAUCCUCUGUGUUCUUGUUUCUGACUUGAAAAGUAAUUUAUCAGUGGUAUUUAAUAAAAAGCAGGAAGUUCAA